UAUUAUUAUCGUGCACGCAAGCAGUGGUCAAUGUUCAGCACUGCUUAGCCUCAGUACUCAGUCAACGACCCUCACGAUGUCAAGACCAGCAGCUGCACAGGCAGCAGGGCCAGCCAAUGCUGGCCCAAGACAGGCCGAGGAGUCUACGUUCAAGAAAUUGUUCAGUAUUGCUCAACAAAUGUUGUUGAUUUACGUCGCAAUGCAAUUCGUGACCAAGUUCUUCACCUCUACCCCAUCCCCCGAUACUCCUGCUGUUCCUGCUGCAUCUGUAACUCCAGGAGCGACGAUACCUACAGCAAGUCCUAAUGCACCGCCUCUGAUACCCACUCAAGCACACGCUGCAUGGCCGCUUGGUAUACCACUGGCAAUGCAUGUCUAUCUUUCGACCAACCCGACCGGAGACGUAUUUUCUAGCAGAUGGACGAAUGGUUACCGCAAGAAUGAUGAUGUCGAUUUACCGAAAUUCGUUUGGGAUAACAUUACUUUUGGAGAUUGGAAGGAUUCACGGACGGUUGAUUACGAUGUGAAAUUACCUCUAUCUGUGCAACAUAAUGGCAGCAUGUGGGCGGACGUCUUUCUCGUGAGGGAUGGCGCGAGUCCAGACCCGAACGAUGCAAAUUUCGAUGUAAACGCCGUUCAUCAUGUUAGGAAGUUGUUGACCAGGUACCUGCCCAAGCUCAAGGUUCGCAAGCAGAAAAACCUGCUCAAGUCGGGUGAAGAACAGACUGACGACACAGAAUUUGAAGAGCCUGAGGCAGAUGUCAUUGUAUCUCAUUGGCACAGGAACCUCACUCUCGCCCUUGUUUCUGACUCUCCGGUCAUUCCUACCGCUCAACUGGCCCCUCCUAUAGCUCAAUACGUCACUCUCCGCCCUGAGCGGGACCAAACUGGGACGAAAGGAUUCUACCAGCCUAUCAUAUUCCCCAACGACUUCUGGCACCUUCGUUCCCAAUACAUCGAGAUAAAUGAAACCACCCCAGUCUUACCUCUUGAAGUCACUUUCCAACCCAUGUCAUAUUGGAAGUUCCAGAUUCUCGCGACCAUGACACACAGUUUCCAGGAAGCUUCGAAGCAACAGGGUGCCAGCGGUAUGGCCGAAUUUGACGAGAUCAAGAGAAUGCUGGUUGAGACUAACCCGUAUUUCCUGGGUGUGACGGCCUUGGUCAGCUUGUUGCAUGUGCUGUUCGAGUUCCUGGCGUUCAGCUCCGACGUCUCCCACUGGCGGAAGAAAGAGGAGCUCGUGGGCGUUUCGGUUCGAACGAUCGUCACCAAUGUGGUCGUGCAGAUCAUCAUUCUACUGUAUCUCAUCGAUAAUAACGAGCAAACUAGCUGGAUGAUUCUCAUGGGAUCAGGCAUAGGUGUUCUCAUCGAAGCUUGGAAGAUUACGAAGGCUGUGGACAUUAGUGUGAUUCCUUCCCCUCCAGGUUCGCGCUUGCCAUACAAGAUCGAUAUCAAAGACAAGCAUGUGUUGAGCGAAGAUGAGAAGAAGACACAAGAAUAUGACAAGCUCGCGUUCCGCUACGUAUCUUACGUUGCCAUACCAUGCUUGGCUGGCUACACCAUAUACUCUCUACUCUACGAGACCCAUAGAGGAUGGUACUCGUUUAUAAUAGGGACCCUGACGUCCUUUGUUUACAUGUUUGGAUUCGCACAAUUAGUUCCCCAACUAAUUAUAAACUAUAAGCUCAAGAGUGUAGCACAUUUGCCAAUGAAGGCGAUGGUUUACAAGACGUUAUCUACUGUGGUAGAUGAUUUCUUCGCGUUCUGUAUCAAAAUGCCCAUCUUGCACCGAUUGGCCUGCUUCCGGGACGACGUGGUAUUCCUCAUUUUCCUGUAUCAGCGCUGGAUCUACCGGAUUGAUCCCAAGCGGGUGAACGAGUAUGGUCAAGUGAUGACAUCAGAUGGCGCUGCAGUUGCAGGCAAGGACGAGAAAGUGGACACGGAAACGAAGAAGAACAAGUGAUCCUAGCAAUACAUCGUCCGAAUCUUGUUUGGCAGCCGGAGCACAUAUGACAUAUAUUUAGUGCAUACAGUUUGAAUGGUAACGGCCGGAGCAAGCUUGUGAUAUCCA